UUUAUUAGAUCGCCGUCCAACGUUUCGUCGUCGCGAGAGAAGCGUCUACCAAAAUCACUAUAAAUUGCUCGCUGAAGACAGAGAAACACCCCCUUGGACAUCAUGUCUGCUUCGCAACAGUACUGCCUCCGAUGGAACAAUCAUCGCUCAAACCUGUUGAACGUCUUCGAGGAGUUGCUGCACAACGCGGCAUUCACCGAUGUCACCCUUGCUGUCGAUGACGGUAGGACGGUCAAGUGUCACAAGAUCGUGCUGGCUGCAUGCUCGACGUAUUUCCAGACUUUGUUUCACCAACUGCCAGGCUAUAAUUACCAUCCAAUAAUCGUCCUUAAAGACGUUGGAUUUCCGGAGAUAAAGGCGAUAUUGGAAUACAUGUAUCGUGGCGAGGUGAACGUGGCGCAUGAACAGUUAUCCGAUCUGCUGAAGAUCGCGCAAGUACUGAAGGUAAAAGGUCUGGUUGAGGAACACGGUAGCAAUACACCAAAUACGCACGAUCUUCGCCCUGAGGAAACGUCGGUAUCGCCGCCACCCGAUAUCAGUACCAGCACUAGCACCGGUGGUGGUGGCGCCAGCCACUCGUCACCGCCGUCUUACUAUUCCCUUUACGGGAACUCGGUCUCGCACGAUCGCGGUUCGAGUCACCUGGCAAGCUCAUUACCAAGUACGUGGCCGUUGUUACAUUCCACGGGUCAUCAGCUUCCAACGUCGCUCUCCUCCGUUCUUGGUGGCAGUGGCGGAUCCUACGACAACGGUAUCGAAACCUCGCCGUUCAAACGCCGGAAGCUGCCGCAACCUCCGUCAGGCCUGCUGAUAAAUAACGACACGCCGAUAUUACGCACGGUACUUGGCCAGGCUCACGUUGACAGUUCGCAGGCUCUGCCGUUGUUGCAACCAGAUAGCCAUGAACCAGUCAACUACCGCAACGCAAACAGCAAUGGAUCCACGAACGACAGCGACAACCGCCGCAACAACGACCUGAUUCACGGUGAAACGACGGUCCAUGCAGAUGCCUCCUAUGCAGACGAAGAUGAAAGACAAUCGUCCCCGCAGUCUUAUCCAGAUACUGCAAGGAAUUCAGCUGCUGCGGACUGCAUUCAGCCGAAACCCGAAUGGAAACGUUAUAAGCAAUAUACUCGAGAUGACAUCAGCGCGGCGAUCGAGGCAGUGAGAAAAGGUAUGAGCGCCGUUCAGGCAGCGCGAAAAUACGGUGUGCCAUCGCGUACGCUUUACGACAAAGUGAAAAAGCUGGGUAUCCCUACAUCGCGACCAUUCAAGCGUUCAGCAAGCAACGGAGGAAGCGGGGCUUGUUUCCCGUAUGGCAUCGGCGCCAACGUGAACGGCGCUCUUUAUGACAACAGCGCCAGCAAUGCCAAUGCUCUCUCCGAAAAUGAGAACGAGAGUAGCAAUGUCAACGUCACUGAGAGUUUGGCCGGCACGAGUGCCGCAAUUUUUGAAGCCGCAUAUGCAAAGACGAAGGAUUCAUCGCGGGACUCAAUAUCAGACUCGAUGGCCCGUUGUAGCUCGAGUCCGGUGAUACGUUGCGCUAAGCAAAGACAGCAACAGCAACAGCAGGACCUGGACGAUCAAGUAGAGGAUUUAUCGGUGAGUCGCAAAUCCGACGUGAUUCCAGUGAUAGUACCGCCGUCCACUACAUCGACCGCGAUUAAAGACGAGGUGCAAGAAACAGGAUUGGAUAGUAACGACUGUUGCGAUUAUAGUUAA